AUGAAUAGGUCAGGUGGGACUCAAAUAAACCAGUCAAGAAAAGACAAAAGCAAGGGUAAAACUAACGGUAAGUCAGCGAACAAGAGUAUUGAAAAAGAUAACUCCAGGGGUAGUGGCAGAAGCACCUGCAAGAGUAGCGUCAAGGGUAGCGUCAAGUGUAGCGACAAAAGUACUGACAAGUGUAGCGACAAAAGUACUGACAAGUGUAGCGACAAGAGUACUGACAAGUGCAGCGACAAGAAUAUUGACGAAUGCAUCGACAAGAAUAUUUACAAGAGCAAAUCUGAGAGUACUAACAAGAACAGUGGUGGGAACGCUAGCAAGAGCAUUGACAAUGGAAUCAUUUCAUGUGGUGAUAGUAGCAAAGGUAAAAGUAUAAGCACAGGCAAGCAUGAAAGCGAUAGGAUCAAUUCAGGUUUAAGCAUUAUCAAUGAUAAUAGAUCCAUUAAGGAAGAGACAAAUAACACGACCAAUAGUAGUCCCAAGUGUGGAACAAACCAAGGUGGAAAUGAAGAUGAUUAUUAUGCAAUUUUGGAAGAAUUAGCGAAAUCCGAAACACCAAAAUUCAGAUCGGUCAAGGACAGUAUGGAUGAAAAUUUAAAUCUUGAAUUUCUGAGAUCAUCUAGUGAGAAUUAUACGUACAAAAUUACAUCCAGAGGUCCCGUAUGUUACUCGGCCCUCUAUCGAGAUGACAAAUACGUCUACCGACACAUAAUUCUAAGUGAUAAUGUGAGGCAAUAUGCAGAAAAUAAAGUGCGAAAAACAAAUGCAUUUUUAACUGAACACUGUAUUGUUAAUGAACUACAAAUUGAUAUAGGCAAGGGAUGGAAACAUUUCAUGAUUUACGAUGGUAAAAUUCGAGAAUUAAUUUUGAGAAAAGUUCUGACUGCUGAGGAUAAAUUAAGAAUGGCUGUUCAAGCACAGAAAUAUAAUUAA